AUGGGAUGGAACACAUACAACCACUAUUCCUGCUCCCCCAACGAGACCAUCGUCCGGUCCAAUGCCAAAGCGUUGGUGGACUUGGGCCUCGACUCGCUGGGCUACCGCUAUGUCACCACCGAUUGCGGGUGGUCGGUGGCCGACCGGUUGGCCGAUGGGUCCCUGACCUGGAAUCCGGACCUGUUCCCACAGGGCUUUCCAGCGUUGGGGGAGUAUAUCCACGAUCUGGGGCUGUUGUUCGGGGUCUACGGAGACGCAGGGAUUCUGCUAUGCGGCAGCCCGCCGAACAACACGGGCAACUUGGGCCACGAAGAGCAGGAUGCGCAAACAUUUGCCUCGUGGAAGGUGGAUUCGCUGAAAUACGACAACUGCUACUCAGACGCAGCGACAAACUUCCCCAACGUCAACUAUGCGCCCAGCACCUCCCCCUCCUCACGCUACGCCACCAUGUCCCAGGCCCUGUCCCAGCUAAACCGCACCGUGCUGUUCCAAGUCUGCGACUGGGGCGUGGACUUCCCCGCGCUCUGGGCCCCCUCGCUGGGCCACACCUGGCGCAUCGCCAACGACAUCAUCCCGGCGUGGCGCACCAUCUACCGCAUCCUCAACCAGGCAGUCCCGCAGACGGACGUUGCCGGACCGGGCCAAUGGCCCGACCUCGACAUGCUGGAGGUCGGCAACGGGGUGCUCUCGACGGCCGAGGAGCAGACGCACUUCUCGCUGUGGGCGAUCCUGAAGAGCCCGCUGGUCAUUGGAGCCGCGCUGCACGACGAGGCCACGGCCAUCAGUGAGAGUUCGCUGGCGAUCCUCAAGCAGGCGGAGGUAAUCGCCUUCAAUCAGGAUGCGCUGGGCACGAGCGCGAGUCUGCGGCGUCGGUGGUCAGAGGAAGAGUAUGAAGUCUGGAGCGGCCCGUUGUCUGGGGGCAGGACCGUCGCGGCGCUGGUGAACUGGCGCAACGAGUCGCGCAAGCUGACCCUGGAUCUGCCGGAUAUCGGGCUGCAGUAUGCCGGCCGUGUGAAGAAUGUCUGGGACGGGAGUGUGGCGGAGGGGGUGCGGACGUCGUACACGGCGACGGUGGCGGGCCAUGGGACGAUGCUGCUGGAAUUAGGCGACACCAUCGCCGAGGGGGUUUAUCCCGGGGACGUGUUCGGGGAAACAUCCGGGACUAACACGAUCUUCUCGCCCAUCUACGCCCUCACAACCAGCAAGAACUACACUCUGACCAUCACCCUAUCCAAACCGCUCUUCUCACCAACCACGAUCCUCAUCUCCACCGGUUCCAACACAACAACCACCCGCGUCACAAUCCCCGCCUCCACCACGACCCUCACAACACCCAUCUCUCUCUCCGCCUCCUCCAACGCAACCCUAACUCUCCACCACUCCUCCACGCCCACCCUCCCCAUAACCUCAAUAGCCCUAACCGCACCGCAAGGAACCUACGCCCCCAGCACAAACUUCACCCUCUCCGGCACGGCAACCCUAACCACCUGCGGCACAGGGUACUGUCUCCCAACAGGCAGCAAACUAGGCUACUUGUCCCCGUCCGGCUCCGCCCGCACAACCAUCCGCGCCUCCUCAGCAGGCACCAAGUACGUGGAACUGGACUACAUCAACAACGAGAUCGCCUUCGAUUCGUCGUGGGACGCGGGCCGCAACGCCCGCAACGUCACGAUCAGCGUGAAUGGCGGGGCGCCGGUGCGCCUGGAGGUGCCGCUGAGUGGUCGGCACAGCGAGUUGUUCGGGCCCGGGCUGGGGUGGUGGGAUAGUGCAACGCUGGGGGUGAGCGUGGAUGGGUGGACGGUGGGCGGGAAUGAGGUGGUGGUUGGGAAUGUGGACGGGGACGAGGGGGUGCAGAGUUAUGGGGCGGAUUUGGUGGGGGUGAGGGUUUUUGAUUAG